CUUAACUUCCAACUAUAGACAUUUUUUACAUUGGAAAUGGAAGUUGAUGCAGCAAUGAUGUCUGUUGGAUUUCUGGUUGCAUUUGUUAUCAUAUUCUUAACAAAAGUACUGAGUUGGGUGUGGUUGGAACCGAAAAGGGCAGAGAGAUUCCUCAGAAGACAAGGCAUAAAGGGAAACUCAUACAAGCUUUUCUUUGGAGACACAAAAGAAUUAACCAUGAUGUUUCAUCAAGCACAUUCUAAACCCAUACACAUCGAUGACGAUGUUGCAACUCGCCUAGUCCCAUUUCAAGAUCAAUUGGUUAAAGUUUCUGGUAGGAAUUCGUUUUUCUGGUAUGGUCCUAAGAUUACAGUGAAUAUUAUGGAUCCUGAAGCAAUAAAAGAGGUUCUGAACAUGAUAAAUGACUUUCCAAAGCCAAACCUUAAUCCACUUGGCAAGUUCCUGAUAACAGGACUUGUAGAUCUUGAGGGUGACAAAUGGUCAAAGCACAGAAAGAUCAUCAACCCUGCAUUUAAUCUCGUCAAGCUCAAGCUUGUGUUGCCUGCCAUGUAUGAUAGUUGCAACCAGAUGAUGAAGGAAUGGAAGAUGUUAGUGUGUGAAACAGGAUCAUGCAUGGUAGAUGUCUGGCCAUUCUUAAACAACUUGACAGCUGAUGUGAUUUCUCGUACAGCUUUCGGAAGUAACUAUGAAGAAGGAAAAAUAGUAUUUCAACUCCUAAAAGAACAAGCUCAACUUACAUCUAAGGUCUUUCGAUCUAUUUACAUUCCAGGGUGGAGGUUUCUACCAACUACAUUAAACAAGAGGAUGAAAAAGAUUGACUACGAAAUUGAAAACGUACUUCGUGGAAUUAUCCAAAAGCAAGAGGGUAUUAUGAAAACAUGCGAAGCUUCCAAUGAUAACCUAUUAGGGUUACUAUUGGAAUCCAAUCAAAAAGAGAUUGAAGAUCAAGGACUUAAGAAAGAUUUUGGAAUGAACACCAAUGAUGUAAUUAACGAAUGUAAGUUGUUUUACUUUGCUGGACAAGAAACAACAUCGGUGCUACUAAAUUGGACGAUGGUGUUAUUGAGUAGAUUUCCCAAAUGGCAAACACUGGCAAGAGAAGAAGUCGUUGAAAUUUUUGGCACAAAAGAACCAGACUAUGAUGGAUUAAAUCGUCUUAAAGUUGUCACAAUGAUUUUGUAUGAGGUUUUAAGAUUAUAUCCACCAGUUACUUCUGUUACAAGAAUCCUAAGGAAGAAAGCUAAAGUUGGAAACAUGACUUUACCAGCAGGAGCACUGGCUACUAUUCCAGUUGUGUUGGUACAUCGUGAUUUUGAAUUAUGGGGAAGUGAUGCAAAAGAGUUCAAACCAGAAAGAUUUUCAGAAGGAAUCUCAAAAGCAACAAAUGGUAAAGUUUCAUUUAUCCCAUUUGGAUGGGGUCCUCGAAUAUGCAUUGGCCAAAACUUUGCUUUGCUUGAAGCCAAAAUGGCGUUGUCUCUGAUUCUGCAAAACUUCAAGUUUGAGCUAUCUUCCUCCUAUGUUCAUGCUCCAAUUACAGUCAUAACUGCUCAACCUCAAUUCGGCACACACCUUAUAUUACAAAAAUUAUAGUUUGUUAUCCUAUGAAAAGGUUUUUUAAUGCUUUUCUAUCUUAUGUUGUAUGGCUUCUUUCUAGAAUUUUAUCU